AUAGCGACCGCCAGGCGUCACGAUGGCCGCUGCUCGGCGGUGAGGAGGAGCCCGCUCUCGCGCGCUCGGUGGUUGGUGGAGCGGAGAUGCCGCUGGUCAGGUUCGAGGUGCGGAAUGAGGUCGGGCUGGGCGACCCCGGGCUGUACGGCGCCGCGGGGGCAGGGAAGCGAGGCGGCGCCGGCGCCGCCGCCGCAGGGGAGGCCGAGCCCAAGGCGCUGCUCGAGGGCGUCGCCGUCGCGGGCCUCGUCGGGAUCCUGCGCCAGCUCGGAGAUCUCGCCGAAUUUGCGGCAGAUAUUUUUCAUGACCUACACGAGCAAGUUAUAACUACAUCGUCUAGGGGGCGUAAGGUGUUGACUCGAGUACAGAACAUUGAAGCAGCACUUCCAUCUCUUGAAAAAGCUGUGAAGAAUCAGAAGAGCCAUAUACAUUUUGCUUAUGUACCAGGUUCUGACUGGCACACACAACUUCAAAAUGAGCAAAAUCAUCUCCUAUCCAGUGAUCUGCCUCGGUUUAUGAUGGAUUCCUAUGAAGAAUGUCGAGACCCACCACGACUUUACCUUCUCGACAAAUUUGAUAAUGCUGGUGCUGGGGCUUGUUUGAAGAGAUAUUCUGAUCCAUCUUACUUCAAGAAAUCAUGGGAUGUGAUGAGAGCAGACAAGACUGCACAUCUCCAAAAAGAAAGGAGAUCUCAUAAAAUCAAGAGGAAAGGAUCACGCCUAAAAGAACCAUAUCAUGGACAAGCCACAUCCAGGCAUAGGAAUGGUGAAUUGCAGCGAGCACUCACUGCUGUUCAACUCACCAGCAGCAGGCAGUGUGCAUCUCCCAGCAUGGAUGGCCAGAGUUUUUCGGAGCAUAGAUCUACAUCUGAUGCAAGAUCCAACCCUGACAAUAUAAGCAGAUCUUCUUCAUUUAGUUCAAAGGCACGACUGAGUUUUGCAGAACAAGCUUCAGAUACAAAGCCUUCUGUAAUUCCUCAUGAGAAUGGUCAUGCCAAGCUGUCAAAUAUUGAUAUGCACAAGCUUAAUGAUGCCUCUUCCCCCGUCUUGCUUAGCGAGACCAGGGAAGAUGAUCUGGGUGAUGAUUUGAAGCAAGGUUCCCUGUCAGAUGAGAUGAAUGCUAGGUCACCUUCUGUUGAAUGGCAUGAAAAGGCUGCAAUUGUCAUGACUACAAGUUCUGUCUACUGUGAUGAUGUUGUCAUGGAUAGGGCUGAAAAUGCAGAAACUAAACAUAUUAAGCCCGUGCAGCGAGAAGUUGAUUAUAGGGAGAUGCAGACCUUGGAGCAGCAAGGGGCCUUACUUCAGAAGGCAAAGUUGUUAUUACUGUCAUCAGGCUUAAACCACCGUGAUGAAGUCCCCUGUGAAACAGACAACUACAUGGAUGCACUUAACACACUUGAAUCUGAGACAGAGACUGAAGUUGACUCUCAAACUAAAAAACAAGGGAAGCCAGUACAUUCCUUCAAUGCUCAUGCACCUCAAAUAGAGUUGACAGAUAAUGCCGUUUCACAGCUUCCUGAUUCUUCUCCUGUUGAGUUUCCUGAUACAAGUCCAAAUUCCAGAAUGUUACAUACUUUUGAAAGAAGUGCCGAUUUCCCCAGUUUGUCAAGUGCAGAUGCUCCGGAUAUUUCACAGCAUUCAUUGUCAGGUUAUACAGAUAUACAUCCUAAUGAAUGGUCAUCUGUUACCACCAUCCCUGAGAAUAAUGCAAAUAAUGCUGCUGGAGACCCCACUGAAAUUUCAGAACCGGCACUGCAAGCAUAUACACCUACACCACCCAAUCAAAGGUGCCCUCGUGCAAAUGAGAUUCCUGAGAGUAAGGCAGAAGUUAUCCCCAGAGAUUCUCCUGUGAUCUCAAAACCAGAGCUGUCAACCUAUGCAGUUUUCCCUCCCAAUAAAGAGUCUAUUGUCAGUCAGAUCCCUGAGAAUAGUGUAGAAGGUGUGUCAGAAGAUGAUACCAAUGAAAUCACUAGUUGUCUUGUACCGGAACCUUCCAUUUCCUUUGCUCCAACUAGUGAGGCGUCUCCUGCAAAAAUCUUACCUGGUUAUAACACUGGUAACUCUGUAAUUUCGGAAAGGAGUCCUCAGGAUUAUCCUGGAGAAAAUCAUCAGGAAUUUGGUGGCUGUGGCAUGGCUGAAGUGUCUAAUUCACAGACCAUGCCUUUGAACGAGUCAUCAGAGAAUGGAUCUGCAACCCAACACCUUCCCACACAUGCUCCUACUAGUUCCCAACACCUUCCCACACAUGCUCCGACUAGUUCUGUAGAAUUAUCUUCUGUUAAGCUCUGGACAAAUGCUGGUCUCUUCGGACUUGAACCGUCUAAACCUCCAGUUGGCAUAUGUCCAGGUUCUGCAAACCAAAGCUACCCAGAGAAUAAUCAAUCAGCCACAAGAACACCUGAUGCAGUUUAUAGCCAAACAAACCGGCCCUCAGAUUCUUCCACAUAUUUCGAGCACAGGGAGCACAGCAAUUUGAAUGGCAAGCAAGCUUCAAUAAGUGAGCUCCUAGAAUCUGAAGGUAAUGCUGAAAUUGGUGCUGAAACAUACUCUGGCACUGACUUGGUUGGAAGGAAUAACUUGCCCGUGGUGUCUGCAUCAAGCUUCUCGAGCAUUGCACAAAGAUUCCUUGCCAAUACACUUCAGAGAAGAACUUCUCCCAAAUAUAAUGAUCUUCCUAUGUCAUCUGGGAGAGUGAAUACUGACACAAAUGGGUUUGAUGAAGCUACUGUAAAUUCUACUCUUGCACCAAAGGAAACAGUAUUCGAGGCAUCUCAGUUUGAGAAGAAAACAGAUUAUGGCGUGGAUGGACUGCCCAAGUCCUCUAGUUGCCAUUACUCUGAGAAAUCAUCUCCGCCACUAGAGCAUAUGAAAAUAUCCUUUCACCCCAUGAGUGCAUCUGAAAUGUCGAAAUUGAACCUAGAUUUUUCUGAUGGCAAUCUUCAUGAAAAUGUUGAUGAUAUGAUGUUACCAACAUUUCAGUUACUUCCAGGGUCUUCUGUCCCACAGCCUGGCAGUGGUUCUGAAUCAGAAGAUGACACCUUUGGUAGAUCUUAUAGUUAUUCUUCAUAUGAUGAUCUAAGUCCGCGUUUAUAUUCAAACUCAGAGUUGUGGGAUCAAGAAGAUGGAAUUGGAUUCGAGGAUAAUGAGCUGUAUAAUGAUUCAAAUCAAAUAGGAUCCUCCACAACGCCUGUCUCUAGCUAUAUGGGAUUCGAGCAGAUGAACUUAUCUGGUGAGAAGUCCACUAUUUCACUUUCAGAUAUUGGAGAUAAUAACGGACUCGGCUCGUUAGAAUCCCAUCCUGCUGGAGAACUUCCGAACUUUGACACUUUGAUGUCAACAAGUAAUCAUCAAAAUAGAGAUGCGCUCAUUCCACAAAAUCCAAUCAAUUUAUCACCAGUUGUAGAUCAGAUGCCGCCGCCACCUCCUCUUCCCCCAAUGCAGUGGAGGACAAUGAGACAAACAACUUCCCUAGAAGAAGAAAGAGACUCUACGGCUAAAGACAUGCUUGAGAAUGCCUCAAGUCUACCACCUGUACACACUCCUGUGCAGGAACAACAUCUUCCACCGUGUGCACCACCAUUUCCACAAGGAAAUGUUAAGGAAGUGAACCAUCAGAAAGUUGAUGUGAUCAAAGAAACGAGUAAUCUUCCUAAUAUAUUUGAGAUCAAAUCAAGCUUGCUUCAGCAAAUCAGGGAUAAGCCAGAUCUGCACAAGCUGAAUGGACAUGAAAAGUCCAAAGCAGUAUUCAGUGAUGUUAACAGUUUGGAUGAAAGGGGGGAGUUGCUUCAGCAAAUCAGGAGCAAGACAUUCAACUUAAGACGAACAAAUGGAUCUAAGACAAACACCUCAUCGCAGUCAACCGAGUCCACUGCCAAUUCCAGCGUUGUAGCAAUUUUGGAGAAGGCGAAUGCAAUCCGACAGGCUGUGGCCAGUGACGAGGGGGGUGAUGAUGAUAACUGGAGCGAUAUCAACUGAGAAUGCAUAUGCCAAACCUUUUCUGUAUAUGCAACUAGUACAAGAUGAAGAGUGAAAAUGUGAAUAACACCUUUUUCUUCAUUGUAAUUAGAUAUUGCAGCUCUGUUUUUUAACCUUUUUUUAGUUCAUGGUAGUGUAUCUUAGAUCCCUAUGGUUGUAGAGAUGUUAAAUCAUUUCAACAUCAUGUAAAUUUAUCUUAUUAUUUAUUAAUGGUAGUGAGAUGGACUAAUAAAAUAAGUAUGUUAAGCUA